AUGUCCAACUCCGUCAAUAUACCAAUGCAAGCAAUUGUCUCCGCCGCUACCUUGUCACUUCAGACUCCACCAGUCUACAAUAAAGAUAAGCGUUCAAAUAGAAGAAGAGUCUCCUGUGGAUUCCAUCACAAGAGACAUCAAGCCUGUCCAGAGAACUGUGAAGGUCGUGUCACUCAUCCACCCGAACCACACGCACCAUUCCAAGAUAAAUUCACUGUCGGUUGCUCAGAGUGCAAGGCCUACUUCCAAAAUAAAGUUUACAUGAUUAAUAAUCAACAACAACCACAACAAGUCCAACAACAAGUACAACAAGUUCAACAACAACCAUCUUUUGCUUUCUACCAACAACAACAACAACAACAAUCACAACAGCAAAAUAACAUUUCCAAGAAUAUGAAUAACAUGAAGAAACGCAUCGUCAUGUUGGACACUACCAAACCAAUCGUGAACUUGGAGCAACCAUCGUUCGAGAGUGUCUCACCAAUCUCAUCAUCGCCAGCCAGUUCACGUCCAUUGUCGCCAGUUAGCAAUGGUGCCUCUGAAGUACCAACCUUCAAGAAUAGCAACAUGACCAAGAUCAAUCUUUUGAAUCUAACUUCCAAGUUGGAUCAUCACGAUUUAGUCAGCAACAACGGUCAAAUGAAGCGCAAGUCACCAUCGUCACCAGAGUUGUUGUUCUCUGACGACAGUGCCAACAGUUCACCAAUUGCCGCCUUUGUUCCAAGUCCAUCGCAAUCUCCAACCAUCACUCCACGUCCAGUGUCAUUGAUGAUGCCAUCGCCAACUCAUUGCAACGGUGCCGCCGUCUCCUCGGGAUCUGCCGUCGCCCAGCCAUCGACACUCGUCGACUCGUCACUCUUGAUGGUCCUCGAACAAGAAGCCCAAAAAGAGUUGUUUGUCCAAAAGGAACAAGAGUUGUUUGGCAAGCUCAAGUCACAGAAGGAGGAGCUCGACCGUCUCGAACGUCAACAACAGUUGAUCGACUACCAAAAGAUCCAACAGCAACACGAAGUCAAGCGUCUCAAGAGAAAGCACGACGAGCUCGAAUCACUACGUGUCAAGCUCGACCAAAUGGAGAAGGAUCUUCGUUCCAAGGAAGACUCAAUGUCACGCCGUUUGGAGUCACUCUCACCGUCCAACCUAUUCUCACAACAAAUCACAAACAACCAACUUCCAAAGCUUCACAUCAACACCAAUCUUUUAAAACAAGCCGCCACCACCACCGAUUUCGACUUUUCAUCAUCACCAACCUCUUGCAAUAGUAAUCAACAACAACCAAUCAAGCUUUCACCACUUCUUUUAUCCUCGAAUUUCGAUAGAUCACCAGUCGUUCCAGAUACCAACAAAAAUGUUCCAAUGUCAUUCAUGCAUUUGUUGAAUACCUCUCAGAGCAGUUAA